AUGAGCACGUCCACUCCGACGUGCCAUAGUAAUCGUCCAUCUGCGCUCGUGACGCCUGCCAAUACCGACGUAACAGCGACGAUACAGCAUCCAGGUCCAUCAGAUGGUCACUUUACGUCGCCAUCGUUCGUGUCACCGGCGCCUACCAAUGGCUGCAAGCCACAAGACGCCCUCACGCUUUGUGACCAACUUAGUCUCAAGACGACCAAGCUAAAGUUGCCGCAAGUGCAAGUCGACGCUGCAACAACGUUGCAGCACCAAGUGACCUUUUCAGCCAAUCACCAUGCAACGCGGGUAGGGGUCUUGAAAAAACCCACGCGCGUGCUUGAAGAUAUUUCCAACACAACCAGACGAGACAGCUGGCGUCACGACGUGACGACGAAACGGAAAUUGGCGUUCUGUACACCAAUCAAGCCACUCGGACAAGAGACGAGACCAGUCGGGUACACGAGUUGUCCCACUCUCACCCGCUCUAGUGACACUAUAGUCACUACUUCUACUGCAACAACCCCGAGCUUGAUCACCUAUCGAACGGUAACAGCAACUCAAGUUCAGGCUCCAGCAACUCAAGAUCAGGCUCCAGCAGCUCAAGUUCAGGCUCCAGCAACUCAAGAUCAGGCUCCAGCAACUCAAGAUCAGUCUCCAGGAGCUCAAGAUCAGGCUCCAGCAGCUCAAGAUCCGGCUCUAGCACCAGUAGUUGCAUCACCUGUACCAAGUCAAGCGUCCAAUGCUGUCCAAAGUCGCUGUCCAGUAUCUCUCAAGGCACAAGAGUACCACUUUUCCGUGUCGUCGACCGUCUCAUCGGUCGCUAUCGCGCCCGACGGUUCCUUUCUCGUCGCUGGCUUUUACAAUGGCAUGGUGUAUCUGUACCCACUUACAACAGCGUCACUCUCGUUCCAACGUGGCGUGCUCUUGGAUCAGAUUUUACCUCGAGGCAUGUAUACUCAGAUCAUGGUGACGGUCUCCAUUCCCACAGACGGGCGGUUCAUCUUUGCCGGAGUUUAUCGUGGCUCGACGGACAUUCGAGCAAUCGAAGUGGACAGUAUCGAGCUCCCGUCACGGACGGAAGAUUUGUUCCAGGAAAGAGGCACCGUAAGGACCAGCCAUACCAAGGAUACGUCGAUGACGCUGCUGAGUGCUGACGACAGUGACGAGAGUGACCGUGAUGGGGACUUUUUGACGGAUGUUUUUCGAUCGCCGACUGCUCACGUCGUAGCACACACUUUUUCAGAUGCAAAGCUGAAAGGGUUUGCUGCUGCCAAGAGCUUGUAUCACGAGACGAGCGGGAAGAUGGAAUAUCGUUUACUGUGUGGGAUCGGCAUCAAAAAUGUGCACAUGUGGCGGUUUUACCAGAAAAAGAACAUGGGUGGUGCAGACUUGAAAUGGAGCUGGGAGUGCGUGUUUGACAAACAGACGAACGGUAUUUCACUGGAGUUUAUCUCGUUCCACCCGACGAUUGCGAACCAGUUCAUCUCCAAGUCUGAGCACCAAAAUGUGCGUAUCUGGCACCUUAAAGAAGACUACGACGCUGUAGUCGACUCAGUGACGAUCCAGAAACAAUCACACACUGACGUGAAGCAGACACUUGACUCGGUGGCGGUGUUCGGCGAUUUUGCUUACGGCGGAAGCGAAUCCCUUGCCGUCAUUGAUCUCCAAGCAGCGGUCCGAAUGGACUUGGACCUGCCACUAUCACGAAAGGAGCAACGUGCCCAGCGCGAAGCUCUAGUCAAUCUGAGAAACGCUAAUUCGCUACGUGCGUGGAAUCCCCGUGGAAGCCGUCGACGCGGUGCUGAGGAUACGAGUGGACAGCGUCACAUGCGGACUGUUAGUAAAAUUGCUGGACAAGAUGCUUCACCAUUUACUGUUGGUAUGUGCAGCGAUGGCAGUGUGUUUAUCCAUCAGCCGUCAAAGGAAACUGGGCUUGCGACACCACUGAACUACGUUGAAGGGUAUGAGCAGUUUUUUGUGGACCCAUCCUUGGACUUUCAAGCACAAUUCUCGGAUCUUACUCGAGUCAACACGAGUGGUCUUCUUGCGGUCCUCCCUUUUCCGGAAAUGGAGAAACAGAAAUGGAUGGUUGUAGCCGCCAAUCAAAACCAGCUUCUCGUACAGACGUUGGAUGCCUUCUUGCACCGCAACGAGCGCAAUAAAGAGUGUUUCGAAGUAAAGAGAGAUUCAGGAGAACUGAUUCGAGACCUUGGUGGAGCAGAGAGCUUCUCGGACAGCAGCAGUAGCAGCGACUCAGACAUCAGCGCUGAGAAUGCCGCGAAGGAGAAGCAUCGGCGUCAAAAAAAGUUGAACAUGGCUUUGAAGCGCAGUCGCCAGGACUUCAUGUUGAAACGCCAAGAAGCGGGGCAAAAUGAAGUAGUGGAGCGCAAACCAAAGCGGAACCGGCACGAAAGCAAGGAGUUCAAUUUUCGGGAGGAAAACGCUGUAAAGCCACGAGCAAAACGAAAAACAUCGCUGUCAGUCGAUAGUGGGUCACAGGAGACCGUUGACAACAAGCAGCUUGUUCUGACCGGUUUUCGAGGCAAGGUCGGCAAGCGCACGACACCGGUGGCCACUCCCAGUUACAGUACGCCCCGUGAUGGUGACAAGUUAUGGACAAGCGCAGCAUCUCCAGUUGUAUCGAUUUCAUCAUCGUCGGAUUCUUCACACCCUAACACCCCGGAGCAGCCUGGGCUGUCAAGACUGGAGCAAAAAUUGCUAGGUUUGAGGAGGCUAGAGAAGACUAUGCCCUGUCUGGCGACAGCCAAAUCACGACAAGACAACUUGCGACCGCUGGCAGAAUCUGCUGCCCACACGACCUCAGCCACGACUUCGUUGAGCUCGAGCAGGAUACAAGCGGAAGCCAUGGCGAUGAAUGUCAUCAGUGAAAGGAAGGCUAUGCGUCGAGUGCGAGCGCAAGCUUUGUUUACGGAUGAUGAGCGUAUUGAAGGUGGUGUCAUCGAAGAUAAUUGUGAGGUGGCUCGGACGGAAAUGAAGGACGCUGAGAAGGGGUCUCUGUCGUCAAAGAGGUCUACGGGGGCUGUAGUCUCCAACAAGCAAGCGUACAUAGGAUCGAGCAAGUCUGCGCGCUUGCAAGCAGAAACCCAGGACUCUAGUACGGGUGAGGAAAAGGAGCCGAUUGAAGCCGACAUUGAGGCGACGAAGUCUGGCAGGGAGAAGGACGUCGAAUUGGAAGAGGAACUCGAGCAACUAGAACGGUACGAGCCUGAGUUUAUGUUAGUACCACUCGUGAGUGACAAGGGCUCACUGCUGGCAGCGACCAUGUAUCAAUACGCUGAUCCCGCGUCCAGGAGUUGUAACGGCAGCAAGAUGUCGUCUAUUGCCGAUGUCGAUGUGGAGACUGACCGCGAAGUCGCUGCAACCGAGCAGACCAACUUGCUGAUGCAGUUCUCGCGCCAGAACGAGCGCCUCCGAAUGAAUUUCUUCACCGAACGUGAGCGUAUCUACAAACUUCCGGACUGCAGCUGCGCAUCGCCCGAUCCCUCGAAGAAAUUGUCAUCGGUCUCAACCAGCGGCAUGAAUUGGCGUCGAAAGGUGGCGUACGACUUCCACAAGCGGAAGCAGUUGAAGCGGCGCCACAAGAAGCAGCUCACGAUGAAAUUACAGCAGCUGCACGCUACCUACGCCUUGCAAGUCCAGGAGUUGUUUGCGAUGCAGCAGAUGGAAGCUAACGCUUAUCGGGCGCGUCAACAGUUCCAGCACCUUUACGUGCAACUGCGUCGUCAAACCGGCAAAAUUGACAGCGUUCCGCUUUCGUCCGCACCAGCUGCAGCAGAUCCGCUCAAGUACUCAGCGAUGCCUGACCAUCUCUCAGACGCCAGGUUCCCGUACUCGACUUUGCUGUCGAAAAUGGGAUCUUAG